UGAGAUGAGCUUCUCUUUGAUUUCAGGAAUAAUUUGGUACAUUACCACUUUUGAAAAUUCCGGAAGUCCUCACAAUGUAUGGUUUGCUACUGGAGAGUAUCCAACAUUACAUCAUAGAGAAGUAUGGCAUAGAUCAGUGGAAUCAAAUUUUGGAGUAUGUACAACAGAAGAAUAUUGUCUUCACCACUCACAAGAUUUACACAGACGGUCUCAUUAAGAAGAUCGCCAAAGGAUGCUGUCAUGUAUUUAAUGAGCAAAAGAAUGAGGAAGAUUAUUUACUCUUUUUCGGUCAGUGUUUUGUGAAAUUCUUUAAUCACUGUGGAUAUGACAAAAUUGUUCGUCUGCAAGGACGUCAUUUCCGGGAUUUUCUUCAUGGUAUUGAUAAUCUUCACGAAAUGAUGCGAUACAGUUACCCACAGAUGCAAAGCCCGUCCUUCCUUGUUCAAUCUGAGGACAGAUACGGAUGUGUGCUUAGCUAUCGCUCCAAACGGACCGGAUAUAGAAACUAUGUGGCGGGCCAGUUGACACAGUGUGCCAAAAUGUUUUACGACAUUGAUAUAGAAUUAGAAAUAUUGCUGGAAGAGAUAUUGGAUACCGGAUGCAAUGUUACAUUUCGAAUUAAUUUCGACAACUCUGCUUACUUUGCUCCUUUGCAAGCGUCAGUCCAAAGCAAUUUGUAUGACGACAUCGAAUUUAUAUCAAACGAAUUGUUCUUCAAGGUUUUCCCGUUUAGCAUUGUCUUUAAUAAAGACAUGAUUGUGACUAUGACGGGAGAUAGAAUGUCCAAAUGGUUAGACACCAACGAUCUGAUCGGUUCUUACAUUAAUGUCCGCUUCAAACUCAGAAGGCCGAUAUUAGAAUUCACCUGGGACAGUAUUAUAACUCAUCAAACGGUUGUGUUUGAACUCCAAUGUGCCAAUCUCACUCCUCGAAGACAUUCCAUUACUACCAGCAUGACGUCACUAUUUGAGAAAAAGCUCUAUAGUAAACAUAAGCUCAUUUUCCGUGGACAGAUGAAAUACAUCCCUUGCUGGGACGCCAUUGCCUUUCUAUGUAAUCCACUAGUUGGCUCCCUUGAAGAUAUGACACGGGUCGGUUUGUAUAUUAAUGACCUUAACCUCUUUGACUGCAGCAGAGACAUCGUUCUCAAUGGUUGGCAAUACGCAUCGCAGCUGGAAUUCUCUCUUGAACAGCAACAAGAAAAGAGUAAGCUGAUUGAAGAGAACAUGAAAAAGCAAGACGAAUGGCGACUGAAGAGCGAGACACUGCUGUACUCCAUGAUUCCAAGAACAAUUGCCGAACGCUUAAAACGCGGAGACGACCCGAUCAAAACAUGCGAGACGUUUGACCAAGUGACGAUUUUGUUCAGUUACAUUGUGGACUUCACCGAUAUCUGCGCAGAAGCAUCAGCAAUGCAGAUUGUCAAAUGCAUUAACGCUGUGUUCACUUGCUUUGAUGCUGUCGUCGAUAAGUACGAUGUUUUCAAGGUGGAAACACUAGGGGACGCAGUGUACAUGGUGGCCGGUGGUGUUCCAGACAGAAAUGAAAAUCACGCGGUCAAUGUAGCAGGGCUCGCUAUAGAACUAGUGGAAAAGGCAGCCAGCCUAACCGAUCCCGUGACAGGGGAAAAUCUCCAGCUCAGGGCGGGUAUGCACACAGGAAGUGUGGUGGGGGGAAUUGUGGGAAAGAGGAUGCCCCAGUACUGUCUCUUUGGGGACACUGUAAAUACAGCAUCACGAAUGCAAUCAUACAGUGAGCCAGGGAGGAUUCACUUAAGUGAACCGUGCCAUGAAUGCUUGAAGGGAAAGGGAUUUACCACAGUCUAUCGAGGGACCCUUAAUGUUAAGGGCAAAGGUGAGAUGAAUACAUACUGGCUUGCAGGAAGAGAGGGAGAAAGGAGAACAAAAGUUAUAUGUGAAUUACUCAAAGCCGAAAAAGCCAAAAAGAUGAAAACACAGUAUCGCUCGUUCGACAAUGGCUUUGAUCUACAUGGUAUGCACAAUAUCACUAGCUCUGCUAACUUUUCACUACUACAAGCAGGCGCCAUCAAAGAGGAUUCAGAAAAUAACGAAUCCAAGCCCAAACGUGUGCCCAAGAAAAAAGCUUCCUGUCCAUUAGACAUUGUUGCAGAAAGUACGUCAGAUGAACAGGCAAGCCCAAAACCUGUGUUUGUGUGAAAAAAACAAAAAAAAAACCUUUUAAAUCCAGGAUCUAAAACAUAUCAAAAUAAAACAAUGGCCUCCUUAUUUUAAUUCAAGUUUGAGGAAAGGCAUGUGAUUUGAUUAUAUUGUUUUGAAUUUGCAAUUAUAAUAGCAAAUAAAUUGUUUUU